AUGAGGGUCAAGACCACUACCGCCGCCGUCGCGGGCUUACUCGCCGCUAGCGCUUCGGCGCAGAACUCGACCGCUACCUGCGCCACCGGCGUCCACCUCAUCGUGGCCCGCGGGAGCAACGAGCCUCCCGGAUCUGGUCGAAUCGGCAGUGUCGCCAACGGCGUUGUGGCUGCCAUCUCUGGGUCUCAGAUCGCGCCCCUCGACUACCCCGCGACGUUUGACAACUACUCUAGUUCCGUCGCAGUUGGUACGGGGGCCAUGAAGACUGCAUUGACGCAGUACAACUCACGAUGCCCGAACUCCAAGGUCGUGAUGUUGGGCUACUCUCAGGGUGCGCACGUUGCAGGCGACGCCUUGUGCGGCAACACCCAAGACGACAAAAGCGAUGAACUGGAUCUGGAUUUCAACGUUACGACUCCCGUGAUUGCAUCUGUCGUAGACCAAAGUGUCAUCGCCGUCAUUCUCUUUGGAGACCCCACGCACAACGCCACCGCAUCCUGGAACAGGGGCACCAGCACUCACAACGGCCUCUUCCCUCGUGAAAACAUCACGGCUUGCAAGGCCUACGCCUCCAAGAUUGAGUCCUUUUGCGACACUGGCGAUAUUUACUGCGAUGACGGGAACAACACCGGUGUUCACGGAUCCUACUUUGUUAACUACACCGAUGACGCCGUCGAGUUCAUUGUUGCCCAGUUUAAUGCGUCAAAGCACUCUGCAAACGGAACGGCGCCCACAGCCACUCCCACAUCCGUACCCGGUUCUGGAGCUGCUGCCUCCGCCCCGGGUAUGCUAAUGUCCUUGAUCGGCCUGUCACUGCUUGCAACUUACCUGUUGUAA